UCCCCGCUUCGCAUCGGCCGCGAUGCGCACGGACGUUUUUGUGCAACUCGUGCCGCAUGGCGAUCUGGGAUCCGCGGAGGGCGUUCACCGGAGACAUUGUUAUUGGUUUAAACCCGAUGCACCGUGGCGGAAGUUGGUCACCGCCUGGGCUGCUGAGAAUCGCUGGCGCCCGGAGGAUUUGCAGCUCUCCAGCGCCGGGCGCGAUGUUUCGUUGGACUCCACUCCGAUAUCCAGCGGACUUGCAAGCGAAGAUGUCUCCUUGAAUAUUUCGGCCAAGCCUGGUGCACAGCAGAUGGAAAAUCAGGUUUCCACCCCCUCAGCCGACACGGUGGCGGUGCGCAUCGUGGCCUUCUGCGACGCCGGGAGCUGCGCCUUGCGUUUCCGCGCGCCGCGGACCGUGGCGCUGCGGAAGCUGAUGCUCGCGUGGUGCGGGCGCCAGGGGCUUGCCAUGUCGGAGGUCAUCUUUCGCUAUGGUCAUGCAGAACUGUCGCCCCGCGACGUCUUGGGCACCUUAGCCUCGACCACGGAGCUGGAGAUCCACGCGGAGCCGCGCAUGGACGCGGACUGCUACGUGGCCACCACGGCGCCGAUGGCGGAGACGGAGACGACGGCGCCAGGCCCAACGGCUCCCACGGCUCCCACGGCGCCGGCGACGCCGGCGAAGGAGGAGGAGAAGCGAGUGCAGGUGCAAAUCGCUGCCAAAGGUCUCCUGGCAGAACGGGUGAAGCAAAGUCCCAACGGCAUGCGAACCCUGAGCUUCUGGACCAAGCUCUUCGCUCCCCUGGGGAAGGUGAUGACCCUGUGGUGCAAACAUCAAAACCUCCCGCGCGACUCGGUGCUGUUCUUCUCCUCUGGGCCGCUAGACUCGGACGCCACGGCGGCGGGCCACGGCUGGAGCCCCGGAGAGUUGGUCGUGCUGGACGCGCUGCUGGCGACGGAUGAGGCGGCACAGGCGGCCGCUCGCGCCGCCUCCGUUGCCACGGUCGCCAACGACGCGUCGUCGCCUCCGACUCCGCGGGCGGCGGUCGCCGGCGCCUUGUCGGUGACGGUGCUCUGCGACGGCGCGGAGCCGGUGGAUUUCAAGAUGAAGGCGACCACAGCAUUGGAGACGUGGCAUACCUGGCAGAUUUCUGGUGGGUGGAAACAGUGCCAGCUCCCAGCGGACACUGCGGUGGACUUCCACGACGGCCAUGAUGUGCUGAGCGCCAAGGAUACACCGCGCAGCCGCGGCUGGCCCGAGCGCAAUGAGGUGAUCAUCGUCAAAGCAUCUACCGAGGAGCUGCUUUCAGCGCCCAUGCCGCCCGCUGCGCCUGCUGUGGCGCCGGCAGCGACAGCGCCUGAAGGUCCGAAAAAAAUCUCGCUGCAGGUGGUUGCAACAGACCAGGACGGUACCCACACCGUGACCUUCAAGUUACGUCCCGAUUCGCCACUGGAGAAGAUGAUGAAUGCCUGGUGCAAGAACAUGCAGGUAGACCCUUCGGCGGCGGUUUUCGAGUACCGUGGUCAGUUGCUACAACCGCAUGACACCCUACAGCACUUGGGCUACGAUGGGAAGGAUGACACCCUGCCCGUGAUUACGGCGAGACCCAAUGGCCCCAAUGGCCAGGGAACAGUGACAACCGUGACCCCAGUGGCCGCAGCUCCAGCAGCUCCGGCAGCCCCGGCAGCCCCGGCAGCCCCGGCAGCCCCGGCAGCAGCAUCCAGCGAUGAAUUGAUUUUAGUGCACAUCAUCUCCAUUGGCGAGGCGAACUGGGCUUCGGAUGGACGAAACGUCUUGGACUUCAAGAUGAAGCCCAGGACACCUUUCAAGACAGCCUUGGAUGCAUGGUGUGACCAUCACGGCAUUCCGCAGGACCAGGUGCUCUUCGAAUUCCAAGGUGCUCCGCUGUUGCCAUCGAAGUCCCCUGCAGAAUGCGGCUGGCAGAGCGCCUUUGGCACCUUGGAGAUCGAAGCACGACCCGUGGGAGGAGUGGAUGAUGAGGAAGCCUUAGCCUUAGCGGCGACAGGAGAUGAGAAGAUCGAUGUCCAGGUCUUGGCGCUCACAGACACCGGAACAGCCACAUCUUCAAAUUUCAAAAUGAAAGUGACUUCGUCCUUUGAGAAGAUGAUGAAAGCAUGGUGUAAAUUUCAAGGUGUUCCUGAAUCUAUGGCUGAUUUCGAAUUCAAUGGCCAGACAUUAUCGCCCAAAGACACGCCCGCGGCAUGCUCAUUUUCAGCAAGAGAUGGUGUCAUGAGGAUCACUGCCAAACCAAAAGAGGAAACAGCGGCAACAACUGCCUCUGCAGAAGUGUCCCAACAUGCAAGCCCACCAAUGCCUGAGAACGGACGACAAGAGAGCGUGCAAGAGCAGAAUAGCACACAACCAAGCGACGACAACGAAAAGGUGUCCAUUCAAGUUGUUGCCCAUGCUGAUGGCGGUGACAAUGUGAUAGAUUUCAAGAUGAAGUCCAGUUCAAGAUUGGAUAAGAUGAUGAAGGCAUGGUGCAAGUGCAACGGCACCCCUGAAUCAGAUGCAGUCUUUGAGUUCAAUGGCAGAGAGCUAUUACCAGAAGACACACCUGCAUCCUGUUCAUGGUCUUCACGCGAUGGUGUCAUGAGGAUCACUGCCAAACCAAAAGAGGAAACAGUGGCAACUUCUGCCUCUGCAGAAGUGUCCCAACAUGCAAGCCCACCAAUGCCUGAGAACAGACGACAAGAGAGCGUGCAAGAGCAGAAUAGCACACAACCAAGCGAAGGCGAUGAAAAGGUGUCCAUUCAAGUUGUUGCACAUGCUGAUGGCGGCGACAAUGUGACAGAUUUCAAGUUGAAGUCCAGUUCAAGAUUGGAUAAGAUGAUGAAGGCAUGGUGCAAGUGCAACGGCAUCCCUGAAUCAGAUGCAGUCUUUGAGUUCAAUGGCCGAUUGCUACUACCAGAAGACACACCUGCAUCCUGUUCAUGGUCUUCACGCGAUGGUGUCAUGAGGAUCACUGCCAAACCAAAAGAGGACACAGCGGCAACAACUGCCUCUGCAGAAGUGUCCCAACAUGCAAGGCCACCAGUAGCUGAACACAGACAACAAGAGCAGAGUGUGCAAGAACAGAAUAGCACACAACCAAGCGAAGGCGAUGAAAAGGUGUCCAUUCAAGUUGUUGCCCAUGCUGAUGGCGGCGACAAUGUGAUAGAUUUCAAGUUGAAGUCCAGUUCAAGAUUGGAUAAGAUGAUGAAGGCAUGGUGCAAGUGCAACGGCAUCCCUGAAUCAGAUGCAGUCUUUGAGUUCAAUGGCCGAUUGCUACUACCAGAAGACACGCCUGCAUCCUGUUCAUGGUCUUCACGCGAUGGUGUCAUGAGGAUCACUGCCAAACCCAAAGAGGAAACAGCGGCAACAACUGCCUCUGCAGAAGUGUCCCAACAUGCAAGCCCACCAAUGCCUGAGAACGGACGACAAGAGAGCGUGCAAGAGCAGAAUAGCACACAACCAAGCGAAGACGAUGAAAAGGUGUCCAUUCAAGUUGUUGCCCAUGCUGAUGGCGGCGACAAUGUGACAGAUUUCAAGAUGAAGUCCAGUUCAAGAUUGGAUAAGAUGAUGAAGGCAUGGUGCAAGUGCAACGGCAUCCCCGAAUCCGAUGCAGUCUUUGAGUUCAAUGGCCGAUUGCUACUACCAGAAGACACACCUGCAUCCUGUUCAUGGUCUUCACGCGAUGGUGUCAUGAGGAUCACUGCCAAACCCAAAGAGGAAACAGCGGCAACAACUGCCUCUGCAGAAGUGUCCCAACAUGCAAGCCCACCAAUGCCUGAGAACAGACGACAAGAGAGCGUGCAAGAGCAGAAUAGCACACAACCAAGCGCAGACGAUGAAAAGGUGUCCAUUCAAGUUGUUGCACAUGCUGAUGGCGGUGACAAUGUCAUAGAUUUCAAGCUGAAGUCCAGUUCAAGAUUGGAUAAGAUGAUGAAGGCAUGGUGCAAGUGCAACGGCAUCCCUGAAUCAGAUGCAGUCUUUGAGUUCAAUGGCCGAUUGCUACUACCAGAAGACACACCUGCAUCCUGUUCAUGGUCUUCACGCGAUGGUGUCAUGAGGAUCACUGCCAAACCAAAAGAGGAAACAGUGGCAACAACUGCCUCUGCAGAAGUGUCCCAACAUGCAAGCCCACCAAUGCCUGAGAACAGACGACAAGAGAGCGUGCAAGAGCAGAAUAGCACACAACCAAGCGAAGGCGAUGAAAAGGUGUCCAUUCAAGUUGUUGCACAUGCUGAGGGCGGUGACAAUGUGACAGAUUUCAAGAUGAAGUCCAGUUCAAGCUUCGAUAAGAUGAUGAAGGCAUGGUGCAAAAAUCACAGCAUCCCUGAAUCACAGGCAGUCUUUGAGUUCAAUGGCCGAGAGCUAUUACCAGAAGACACACCUGCAUCCUGUUCAUGGUCUUCACGCAAUGGUGUCAUGAGGAUCACUGCCAAACCAAAAGAGGAAACAGCGGCAACAACUGCCUCUGCAGAAGUGUCCCAACAUGCAAGCCCACCAAUGGCUGACAACAGACGACAAGAGCAGAGCUUGCGAGAUAAAACCCUUUCUUUACAGACUAAGGACGAUGAAAAGGUUUCAAUUCAAGUAGUUGCACGUGCCGCUGGUGGUGAGAAUCUCGUAGAUUUUAAGAUGAAACCCACCUCAAAGUUCGACAAACUGAUGAAAACAUGGUGCAAAAGUAACUGCAUUCCCGAAUCAGAUGCAUUCUUUGAGUUCAAUGGCCGAUUGCUACUACCAGAAGACACACCUGCAUCCUGUUCAUGGUCUUCACGCAAUGGUGUCAUGAGGAUCACUGCCAAACCAAAAGAGGAAACAGCGGCAACAACUGCCUCUGCAGAAGUGUCCCAACAUGCAAGCCCACCAAUGGCUGACAACAGACGACAAGAGCAGAGUGUGCAAGAGCAGAAUAGCACACAACAAAGUGAAAGCGAUGACAAAGUGUCCAUUCAAGUUGUUGCACAUGCUGAAGGCGGUGACAAUGUGACAGAUUUCAAGAUGAAGUCCAGUUCAAGCUUCGAUAAGAUGAUGAAGGCAUGGUGCAAAAAUCACAGCAUCCCUGAAUCUCAGGCAGUCUUUGAGUUCAAUGGCCGAGAGCUAUUACCAGAAGACACACCUGCAUCCUGUUCAUGGUCUUCACGCGAUGGUGUCAUGAGGAUCACUGCCAAACCAAAAGAGGAAACAGCGGCAACAACUGCUUCACCCAGUGCCAAGGACCCUGCGGACCCUGCGGACCCUGCGGACUAUGCGGAUGCGGCCAGCAGCAAAGACAAGCCAGUUCAGGUUCAGGUCUCUGCAGCGGGCGCCAACGGUGAGCAAGUGACCAACUUCAAACUGAAAAUGACCACGAGCUUUGGAAAACUCAUGAAUCGCUGGUGCUCCUACAAUGGCGUUCCUCAAGCAUCUGCCUGUUUUCAGUUCCAGGAGAAGGAGAUCACAGAGACUGACACGCUGCUGAGCAUCGGAGCCCAAGGCCCUAGCGUCUCGAUUCGCGUCGUUCCCCGUACCCACGCGGCAGAGAACAAGCGCAAUCUGAAGCGCAAGAGUCAGACGUCAGAUGGCGCAGCGCCAGCUGCGAAACGUGCUGCCAACGCAUACCAGCUCUUCACCAAAGAGCGCAGGCAAAGCUUGACCACUGAGCAGCCGGAUCUCAAAUUUGGCGAAGCUGCCAAGAUCAUCUCGGCGGAGUGGAAAGCCCUGACCGACGACGAGCGGAGGCCCUACCAGGAAAUGGCCCAGAAAGCCAAGGAGAACGCACAGGCCGCACAGGACGCUGGCGUUGACAGCGGCGGUGCCGGUAGCGCUGCUGACAGCGCUGACAGCAAACCUGUGGUCGACAAGACCUUUGGCUGCGUAGCAUUGGGCAGGAAGGUGGAGGUCAAUAUCCUGGCCGAGGGCGCGGACGGCACCAGCGAGAUGAAGGUCACCGUGCGAAGGUCCAUGGCCUUGAAAAGGCUGAUGCAGGCCUGGUGCGACCAUCACGAGCUGCCAUUGGAAGAGGCGGACUUUCUGCUAGGCAGCCGGGUGCUAAAGUACGAGGACACCUUAGACUCACUGGGUUGCGGCGACAACGUCGAGGUCAAGGCCGUGCCCAAGGGCGACACCGGCGACGCGAGCAUCGCCGCGGUCGCUGUCACGGCAGCGAGCGCCGCGGACAUGGCGAUGCCCAAGGCCAAGGCGGUGGCCAAGCCACCGAGGUCUGCUCGCUCCGCUCGCGGGCGCGGAGCAAAUCGAGGCAAGAGGAAGAGUCGUGGCAAAGGCGACAAAUCGAGCGAGGACUCGCUGGACCCCGAGGGGUCGGAACCGAAAACGGACGCCGCGCCGCGGCGAAGCAAGCGGCUGCAGGAUUCGGAACAGGUCUUCCCCAAUGCCACCUUGGUGCAUCAUCUGCCGACACCUCCCAGGAAGGAGAAGGAGGCGACAUUGGACUUUGAGUCGCCUGAGGUCCCAGUUUCAGCAGAGUGCAUCGUCUUGCAGCGGCUGCGCGCGUGCAUUGGUGAGCUGCAAGACCUAGGGGAGCUUACACGAGGAGUGGCUCCUAACCCGGUGCAGCGCCCACUUGCAGAGGCGGGAGGACCUCCUCCUAGCGCGCCGGGGCCUGCUGCUGGCAACGUUGUGGCCACUUCGAAGGCGCCUCCAGCUACACCGCCAACAGCUACACCGCCACCAUUGACUUCAGAGCCUGUGCCAGAGGCUCCUGGGGCGCCCGCAAGCCGUCAUCGUCUGCCAGCUGAGGUGAAGGGAGACACUACAGAGACCUCUCCUAACCGCGGGACUGCUGCAUCAUCGUCUCGGCCAGACAACCGGGAAAGGAAGAGGCCUGAAGGAGUCAAAGCUGAGGAGACAGACUCUGAGGAGCGAGCUCAGAGACGGGAGCGGAAGUCGCGUCCUUUGAGGCCUAGGCCACGGUCGCCAUUUUGGCAAGAACAAGGGCCAGACCAAGAGGAGAAAGCGAGCCGACUACCAGGCAAGGAGGCCUCGGUAUUGGGGGAGGCGCUGAUGCCCCCUAAGUUGAGAAGACCUGGCGCUGCUCCUGGUGCAGUGGUUCGAGGUCGAGGCUUGCGAAGACCAGCAAAAUCAGGAGAGGAGGCUGUUGAAGAAGGAGAGGGUACACUGGUGGCUAGUGCCUUGACAUUAGAGCAAUGUCGUGGCUUGAAAGACAUUGUGACUCUCACUGGAACUUACUGGGAGGCAACAGUUCAGGCCGCGUUGAAAGUGAGGGAGGUCUACAUCAAGGACGGGGAGCUCUGGCUUCGCGCCGAAGUGUUGGGCACGCGGAACGAGACGUUGCUGCGUUGGGCUUCGGAAAAGAGCCAGCGGGUGAUAGAGGUUCACCUGUGCCCGGAAGGCUGCACAGGCGGGCCUCAUGCUGAGGGCGUGCUCCACAUGAGGAGUUUCCAGAAGUUGGGGGCCGAUCGAGAACCUUGGAUGUCCAACAUGCUGCCCGAAGAGAACCGUCGAGGGGGAGAAGACGAGCUAGUAGAGCUCCGCGAGGAUCAGAGGCGGUUGAGGAGCCCUCCACAGCGGAGGAGGGGAGAUGGACGGGAGGACAGGCCUCCUUCGAUCUCCUCGGGCGAGAAGGACAAGGUCCCCAAAAAGAAAAGCAAAGACAGAAAGAAGAAGCGCAAGGAGAUGAGGGUGGAGAGCCAGAAAGAGAUCAAGGUCAUUUUUGGCCACACCGGGUUGGAUCCAGAUCCAGCCAUCCGCCGGCGUUUUCGGCGCAGAGCCGCCCGAGUGGUGAAGCGCAAAGGCAAGGAGACGUCGGACAGCUCCAGCAGUUCGUCAGCAAGUUCCCCCAGCGAGACGCGGGGCGAUCCCAGCCUCUUUGGGGCAUCCAGCCGGGUGCAGCUGGUGGCCAAGAAGUUGCCGGGGUCACUGGGCGCCGCUGCAGUCGAGGAGAUUGCGGAAAACCUAGUGACGGCCGACGGCGGGCUUUGGGAAACACAUUCGGGGUGUCUUCCACCUCUGUUCAUGAGGUACUACAAGCACCACCUUGCAGCUCGGAUGUCUCCGGUUAUGAGCCGCGAGGCACACACGUUGUGCCAAGCCCUCGACCUCCUCAUGAGAGGGAAGGUGGCGGAGGGCGUGGAUCUGUGCGCCCAACGUGUCAAAUCGUUGGAAAUGAUGGCCAACGGGUGCCAUUAUACAGUUUCACAACAACAAGAGCUGCUGCCGAGAGACGGGAUCACCAUUUCGACGACUGCAGAGUUUCAGGAGGCUGCGCGUCGAGCGCGGGAGGAUGGGCGAGCCCGAGCAGAGGCCGCCAGACCUUUCGGGAGUCGGGCAGUUGGGACUCCUCGGACCGACGAGUGGGCAAAAGGCAGCGGAAAGAAGGGCGACAAGAAGGGCAAGCAGGGCAAAGCCGAUCAGAAGAAAGGCGAUGGCGACAAGGCG